ACAACAUCUCAUCAACUCAAAUCUUAGGAUAAAGGCAGCAAAAGACGUUCCCUAAUCCUUUUUUAUUUUUUCCACAUCCUUUAACUUCCAUCUCCAGAAAAAGAAUCCAUAUAAAGACGUCUCCUUUUAUUUCCACGUCACCCUCACAAAGUCAUCACAACAACAAAAGCCCUUUGUUUUCAUCAAUAGCUUUAAGCCAGAAACAUUCUCUUCCAACACCAACCACAAAGAAAUCACAAUGCUAAGACGACCUGCAACAACUCUACACAUCACUUCAGAGGACGUCGCUUCCUACGAGGACCGUCGUGCCCGUGAAGCCCUCGUUGCGGCACAACAAGCGCGAAGAGCUGCUGCUGUGGCGGCUGCUCAGCAGAGUCAGGCUGAUAUGGAGGGCGUCCAUCAGGCGCUGCAGGAGAGGGAGAGGGAUGAUGAUGUCAGGAGGGUCAGGGAGGAGAGGAUCGGUGUUUCGAGGAGGAGAUGAGUGGAUGGAGUGGUUACGAGUUAUGCCUAUGAUGGGUUUGGGAUUGAUAAAGCGGUUCAUGCUUCCUUAAUUGACCGUUUUGUAUGAUGAAAUAUAUUUGUUCAUUCCUAUCACUUUUAUCGUCUUGUUUAUACAUAUAAAAGGGCUCUGCGAGAGCGCUAUGCCCGCUAUUAAGCUAAGCCUGCUAUUCCAAGAACAUUGAUAUGUUGCCCU